GUGUUGAUCAGCUUCAAGAAGUCAUUAAUAAAAUUAAGAACCAACCAAAUGAUAGGCGUAUUAUUUUAAACGCUUGGAAUCCUGCUGACUUAAAGGAAAUGGCAUUGCCUCCAUGUCCCAUGUUUUGUCAGUUUUAUGUGUCAAACCCGGAUCCUAAAACGCAUACGCGAAGCCUUUCAAGUAUUCUCUAUCAACGUUCUUGUGACAUGGGUCUCGGAGUUCCUUUCAAUAUUGCAAGUUAUGCACUUUUGACAAGAAUGAUAGCUCAUGUUACAGGCCUUUUACCGGGUGAAUUUAUUCACACUAUGGGUGAUGCACAUAUCUAUAUUGAUCACAUAGACGCGUUAAAGGUGCAACUUGAACGAGAACCAAGAGCGUUUCCUCAGUUAGAAAUUAAACGUAAAAUAACAGAUAUUAAUGACUUCAGGUUAGAAGAUUUUGAGAUAAUUGGAUAUCAACCAUACGGGAAAAUAAAAAUGAAUAUGUCUGUUUAA